AUGGCGUGGUUAAUCGUUUACCCGGCGGUGGCCAUGUUGGCCAUGUUUAUCGUGCUCGUCAUCAUGAUGAUUCUACGGUUCGGUGCGCGGCUCUGCCAGCUGCGCCAUCACGCACUGCCGGAUGAUCAAGAUUUGCGCGAUCAAGCGUACGAUCAGAAGGUAAGCUACGCCUGACACCGGGAGGGGGGAGGAGAUCGCCAUGAAUGACACCAAAAUGGCAGUCCCGGUUCCGUGACGGUGGUAGAGCAGGAGCAGCGGACAGCAUAUAUUUUAUUUGUCUUUAUUCCACUAACAUUCUACACGAAACAAUGUUUCUUCUAAGAUACUUUUUUUUUAAUAUUGAUUUUUACUAGAAGAAGAAGGAAUGGAUGCUGUUGCAGCUUCUUUUUUACGAGAAGUAAUGUCAUCCAUUGUUUGCUUUUGUUUCUGUAUUUAGAGUAAGAGACCGUACUAACAGAGUGUCUUUUUAGCCCCCAACGAUUGACAGCUAAGAAUAGGUAAAGACUUCAAAGAGCUGAUGUAACACAUUCCGUCCAAAGGAAGCAUUCUCUCCAUAGUUUUAUCUCGGAAGGUUCGUUUCCGAAGCAAUAAUUCGCGUAGUGUAUUUGUCAAAUGUUCAAACGGACCUCGUUCUGCCUCCUCUUAGUAUUUCAUCCCCACAAAUAUUUAAAGACGAGGAAGACUAAUUUAGCGUUAAUGAAAAGAACAUUCUCAACAGUAUCAUUCCAUCCAUCAACGGUGCAAAAUCAGUUAAGCAAAAAAAAAGCACAAAGCAGAGCAAACAUUUUGAUUAGUUUCCUUUUUGCCAUUAGUGUGUGAAACAAAAUAAUCGUUUUAGAAAACAUUGUACAAGCAAUAUAUGAUAUGUAGAACACAAUAAAGAAACAUUC